GAAAGGGCGGAACAGGCUCGCCUCGCCCGUCUCCAUUUUGCUCUUCUAACUGCGCGUUGGUGGUCGGAGGGGACGCCGAGGUUCUUAGCCACAUUGCAGGCGAGUGCCGGGGAAUGUCGUACCCAGGAUAUCCUCCAUCAGGCUACCCAUCUUUUCCUGGUUAUCCUCCUACAGGACAGGAAUAUCCACCUGCUAAUCAGUAUGCUUACCCUGCGGGGCCUGGAGGCUUCCCACCUGUGGGGGGCAGUGAAUAUAAUGUAGCUCCACCAACUGGGGAAUUCCCAGGGUUUGCAGGCUACCCAACUGCACCUGGUGGGUAUCCUCCCGCAUCUAGUGGAUACCCUGGACUACCUCAGCCUGGUGGCAUGCCAACUUAUCCUGGAGAUGCUGGUUUCGGAGUACCUCCCUCUGGCUCUGGUUUUGGCUAUCCACAGCCUCAAUCCCAAAUUUACGGUGGAGGUGGUCCAGCCCAAAUACCAGCUGGGUAUCCUGGUGGACGAACACCAUCAACACCCCAGCAGCCUGCAGCAUUAACUCAGAGCAUGCAAGGAACAAUUCAACCAGCUCCUAACUUUGACGCAGGGAGGGACGCAGAGAUUUUGCGCAAGGCUAUGAAAGGAUUUGGUACGGAUGAGCAAGCAAUCAUUGAUGUCGUUUCCCACCGUUCAAAUGAUCAGAGGCAACAAAUUAAAACUACUUUCAAGACUAUGUAUGGCAAGGAUUUAAUUAAAGACCUGAAGUCGGAACUUAGUGGGAAUAUGGAAGAACUGAUCCUCGCGUUGUUCAUGCCACGUACCUAUUAUGAUGCCUGGAGUUUAAGGCAUGCGAUGAAGGGGGCAGGUACCCAAGAAAAUGUAUUGAUUGAAAUUCUGUGCACAAGAACAAAUCGGGAGAUUCAAGAAAUAGUCAGAUGUUACAAAAGUGAAUUUGGAAGAGAUAUCGAGCAUGAUGUUCGGGCUGAUACAUCUGGUCACUUUGAACGAUUACUUGUAUCUAUGUGUCAGGGUAAUCGGGACGAGAAUCCUACUGUAGAUUAUCAAAAAGCCCAGCAAGAUGCACAACGACUUUACCAAGCUGGAGAAGGAAAGCUGGGAACGGAUGAGUCUUGCUUCAACAUGAUCCUUGCAUCUAGAAGCUUCCCCCAGCUGAAAGCUACUGUGGAAGCUUAUUCACAGAUAGCUAACCGCGAUUUAUUAAGCACCAUUGGCCGGGAAUUUUCAGGAAAUGUAGAGCGUGGCUUGAAGACUAUCUUACAAUGUGCUCUAAAUCGCCCAGCCUUUUUUGCAGAAAGACUUUAUCAUGCCAUGAAAGGAGCCGGCACAGAGGAUUCUACGCUGGUUAGAAUUAUUGUAACUCGCAGUGAGAUUGAUCUUGUACAGAUCAAGCAGCUGUUCACACAGAUGUACCAGAAGACUUUGGCUACCAUGAUUUCGAGUGACACCAGUGGGGAUUAUAGAAGCUUGCUCCUGGCCAUUGUGGGUCAGUAGGAAGCAACUCUCAGAAAAUAAAACAAGACCUGCAAACAGCCAACUAUUGCUACCAGCAAUCAGAGCUUAUAAAAAUAUAAGUUAUCCUAGACAGAUAAGUAUGCAGGAUCUUUUACUUUGCAUAUAUAAUUGCCUUAAUUUAGCACAUCACGUACUUUACAAUAAACUUGCUGCCUGAAAUGUGUCUGUUCUAUUAUUGUCACAAAGUCUGUUACUUGCUUUUACUCCUGUGCGCUUUGCAUAAUGUUUGUUUACUCUAAGAAAGGACAGGAUAUUGCGUGUAUAGAGCUACACUCGGACAAUGUACGCAUUUCCAGUUUUUGAAAUUGUUCAUAAAUUUGGAAACUUUGAAACUGUGUAUCUUUAUUAUGUAUUGUAAACACCAAAACAGUCUAUUUUCCAUGAGAAGCAGUUUGUUUUCAUAAUUAAUUCCUAAAUCUUAUUUUAAAAGUUUCAACGUUCCAAUUUUAUCUGGACCCUUAGUCAAUUUAUAGUUUUCUGAGAUUAAAUCUUAUUUAGCUGU